CUUCACUUUCAUGUUCGCAUCUCCCUCACGCACUAUCCCAUCGCUCUCCGCAGCGUCUGGCAAGAUGAGCGCUUCAAGGGAGAUGGCCACCAUGUCUGCGGCACAACUGCCUUCCCGGUUACUGAACUUUUUCGCGAAAUACCCUCCACCACAACUCCGCGCAGUAACAGCGACCUCCGCGGCAGUACAAACGACCUCGAACACUUCAUCAACAGAUCCGAAUGUCGCCGCAGUCACGGAAUCAUUAUCACAGACCUCCAUGACUGACUCCGCAACGGGUGUCACGGAUAAAUCGUCCCACAACCCUUUCCUACCAUUCAAGAACCCACGAACCGGAAUCUGGCACGGCCCAGCCUACAGUCUACGACGGCAAGCAGAACUUUACAAACUGGCCGAUAAAUACCAUGUUUUGCCACUGAUGCCCAUUGCGCCCAAACACCCGGAAGUUAAAGCGCAGAAACGGAUUGAGCGAGGCCUGGCAGUGCAAGGGACAGGUGAAGGCAAGAGGGUGAAGGGUAAGCUGUGGGAGAGACAAUUGAGGAGCAAGCUGGAGGAGAGGAGAAAGGCGAUGGAGGGUAUGAAUGCUAUGAUUGUGCAUUGGAAGGAGAGAGGGCAUGGAAGGGGAUGGAAGAAGUGGCCGAAAUAGAUGGCCGAUGGCUUGAUAUGAUUUGGAAAGCUAUGAGAUAUGCAUUGCACAAAGCAGCGUGAGCAUAUGUUGCCGAAGUUCAAGUUGCCCUACUGGAAGCGCGGGAGGAUGUGGCAUACAUUACGCUCGGCACAAGCCCGCUCUUUCUGGCGAUGAGUGACCAAUGGCCAGAAUGGUCGACAUGAGGGAGCAGAACGCGUGAAGCGCGAGAGGAAAUGCUAUCGGAAGGAAGACGCUGCACGUCAUGUACAAUAACACGGAGCUCAGCUUCAUCACAUACACCUUGUACAUUGAACCCAUGUGUGCUGCCAGCCUACCUGACAGAGCAACCUUUCCACGUGAAGGUACGCAGGCCACUGA